AUGCCAGGAGUAACUGAAAAAUGUCCAGCAUAUUCGGCUUUUUUUGGCUCUAUGGGUGCAACUGCAGCCGUUGUAUUUAGUGCAUUGGGUGCCGCUUAUGGUACUGCUAAAUCUGGUUGUGGUAUUUCAGCAAUGGCUGUUAUGAGACCUGAAUUUAUCAUGAAAAGUGUCAUUCCAGUUGUUAUGGCUGGUAUUAUUGCUAUUUAUGGUCUUGUCGUUGCUGUACUCAUUGCUAAUAAUAUAGCUACAGACAAUUAUGGUCUUUAUAAAGCUUUUCUUCAAUUGGGAGCUGGUUUAUCAGUUGGAUUAAGUGGAUUGGCAGCUGGAUUUGCAGUUGGUAUUGUUGGUGAUGCUGGUGUACGAGGAACAGCUCAACAACCACGAUUAUAUGUUGGAAUGAUUUUAAUUUUAAUUUUUGCUGAAGUACUUGGUCUUUAUGGAUUAAUCGUUGCGUUAAUUAUGACAACAAAAAAUCAACCUGGUUGUGAUUAA